GCUCCUUGAAGUGAAGUCCGGGGCUGGCUCUGGCGCUACAAGGUGUCCAGGACACAGUUCCUUCCCGCACCUCACAGGGACCUCCCACCCCUUCGUAUGACCUCAGCUUGCUGUGCCCACCCACCCAGCUGACCCCGAGAGCGUGCUCAGGCUUGGAAAAGCACGUCUGUGGGUGUGAGAGACGGAGCCACAGCAUAAGGUGACUAUGGGGAAGCUAGGUUGGAGGGAUUCCAUGACACACACUCGGAGGAAGUCCCUUCCUAUGCUUAGUUCCGGCCCCACUGGCCGAGGGGAGCCCCUGCAGAUGGAAGACAGCAAUAUGGAGCAGGGGGGUGAAGAUGUAGAGCCAGGCAUGCCUGAGAGCCCUGGGCAUCUCACAGGGCGCCGCAAGAACUACCCAUUGCGUAAACGUUCACUGGUUCCAGAAAAGCCCAAAGCCUGCAAAGUGCUGCUGACUCGCCUGGAAAAUGUGGCUGGUCCACGAAGCGCAGACGAGGCUGACGAGCUGCCCCCUGACCUGCCCAAGCCCCCUAGUCCGGCCCCAUCCAGUGAGGACACUGGUCUUGUGCAGCCCCGAAAGCGGCGCCUGGCCUCCCUUAAUGCAGAGGCCCUCAAUAAUCUGCUGCUGGAGCGAGAGGACAUGAGCAGCCUGGCAGGUGCCCGCCGAAGCCGAGGGGGGGACUCUCACCGGAGCCGGGACCGGGCCACAGGGGCCUGGUCUUUCUCUAAGAAGCGACCUCGGCUGGGAGAUCUUGGAGAAGGAAGUCGGGACCUGUCCCCAGAGCCAGCCCCAGAUGAAGCUGCCCGUCGAGAUGGAGACCCAGCUCCCAAGAGACUGGCUAGCUUAAACGCAGCUGCCUUCUUGAAACUCAGCCAGGAGCGGGAGCUGCCUCUUCGACCUUCUCGAGCCCAAGCAGAAGCAGAUGGGCGCUCCACUGAGCCCCUGGCACCCAAGAUCCUUCGGCCAAAGUGGGCCAAGGUCAACGGCAAGAACUGUCCUAAGGCUCGGCAGGGGGCCGGCUCUGGGGAGACCACAGGGCCCCCCAGCUGGCAAGAACAGCCUGAUGAGCCUUGUCCAUCUGCUACUCCUCGUGGGCCACCCAUCCAGCCAUCUCACCAGGCCCCAGGCAAGGCUCUGGAGGACCCCUUGCGCCCCCACCUGCCUCUGCUGAUGGGUGGGCAGGCAUCCCUGAAGCCAGAGCCUGGGCGUCCAGGUGAAGAGUCGCCUGCCCCCAAGCAGGAACUGCAUCAGCCCUCUUUCCCAGCACCUCAGCUGUCUCCACUGCCGCUGCCCGGCAAUCCAGCCGACUAUAGUGGUCUGUGUGGAGGACCUGAGCUCACUGCACUAGGCAGCUUCUACCUGUACUGUGGCCAGGACGGGCUGCAGUGUGGGAGCUACUCCCCUUGCCCCAUGCUCCCAGAAGGCAAGGUGUCUCCCGUGGCAGCCCCCAGUGAGGGGCUCCUCAUGUCUCCGAGCUCAGUGCCCUCCGGCAUCCCUUUCCAGCACCCGCCUUGGAGCUCAUCUCGCUACUGCUCCAGUGAGGACACUGGAGUGAACGGCUACAGCAUCUGUGGAGUGUUACCCUUGUCUCUCACCCACAUUGGCACUACCUGUGGCGGCUGCCCCUACAAAAUGCCUUUUACAGCAGGCUGCAGGUCCCUCGGCCAGCUGGAAUUUCCUCUCCCAGAAGCUGGCCAUCCAGCCUCACCUGCUCACCCCCUCCUGGGAUGCCCUGUGCCCAGUGUGCCACCUGCAGCAGAGCCCAUCCCCCAUCUUCAGACACCCACCUCGGAGCCCCAGACGGUAGCCCGGGCAUGCCCUCAGAGUGCCAAGCCUCCCAGCGGUUCCAAGUCUGGUUUGCGCACAGGCUCCAGCUGUAGGUACACUGUGAGGAGCAAGGCUGCCCGCAGACCCAGCCACCCCAAGCAGCCGCGUGCCCAGCGCCCACGUCCCCGCCGCCGCCGUCGCCGCCGCACUAAUGGCUGGGUGCCUGUGGGCGCUGCCUGUGAGAAGGCGGUGUAUGUCCUGGAUGAGCCGGAACCUGCCAUCCGAAAGAGCUACCAGGCAGUUGAGCGACAUGGAGAGACAAUCCGAGUCCGAGACACUGUCCUCCUCAAGUCAGGCCCAAGAAAGACGUCUACACCUUAUGUGGCCAAGAUCUCCGCUCUCUGGGAGAACCCUGAGUCAGGAGAACUGAUGAUGAGCCUCCUGUGGUACUACAGGCCUGAGCACCUGCAGGGAGGCCGCAGCCCCAGCAUGCACGAGCCUUUGCAGAAUGAAGUUUUUGCAUCGAGACAUCAGGACCAGAACAGUGUGGCCUGCAUUGAAGAGAAGUGCUAUGUGCUGACCUUCGCCGAGUACUGCAGAUUCUGUGCCAUGGCCAAGCGCCGGGGCGAGGGCCUUCCCAGCCGAAAGACAGCACUGGUGCCCCCAUCUUCAGACUACUCCACCCCACCACACCGCACAGUGCCAGAGGACACGGACCCUGAGCUGGUGUUCCUUUGCCGCCAUGUCUAUGACUUCCGCCAUGGCCGCAUCCUCAAGAACCCCCAGUAGCCUCUUCCUGCUCACGCUGGGGCUGCCUUCGGGAGAGUGGGGCCUGGGGGGGCACUGCUUGAAGCACAGCACUUGGUUAAGGGGCCAUAGGUUGCUGGCCUGUGGUUCUCUUGGGGGGAGGGAGGGCAGGGGUCCUAUAGAUUCAGGACCACAUGGGAGAAAGGGAGACCAGGAUAUGAGAAAGGCAUCUGAGCCCUCAGUUUGGCCUGGGGUGCCCAUCUGUGCACCCCAGGGUGGAGACUCCCGAAGAUUCAGUCUUCCCUGAAGUUGGGCCAAACCUGAGGGUCAUGGGCCAAGGAAGGGCAGGGGCAUGUAGAAGGGGUAAGGUCCUUCCAGAAACAGGCCCACCAGGCCCCUUUCUAGCCUCCCCAGGCCUUCCAAGGGUAGCAGGAGCCAGCUUUACCUCACCCACUGUGACCCGCUGCUUCCCUGUCAGCCUGGGACCAGGCUCUGCAGAUUCUAGCACAGCUCCAGCUUGUUCCAGUGAGUCAAGAGAGCCAAGCUUUGACUUCCUCUCCCUGGACUCGAGGCUUUCCCCUGGCUUUCAAACCCCUGCAGUAGCCACUGGUGCUGGCACAAGGUGACCCGGCCCACCCAUGGGUGCCCGCCUCCUGUCAGCUUUCCAUUAAGGGCCACCCAGCAGGUCUGGCUUCCCAGAAUACUGGUCAACAUGGAGUUUGUCGUGUCUGGAAGAGCUGAUGAGUGCUGGGAGAGAGAGAGGGUGGGGGGCAGGGGACAAGGAAAAUUGCUACCUGAUUCGUUGAUGAUUUUUCCUCUUGCCUUAUACUUGGAGGUUCUGGGAAACCUCUUGCAGAACUUCACAUGUGACUCUUCAAGCCACACCCACCUGAAAUCAAACCAAAGGAGUGCUGUGGCUCCCCUUGCCCUGCCACCCCUUACCUUAGUCUUUUGUAGAUUGCACUAAUUUACAUCCCAGUGAGAAUCAACACUGUAUCAGUCCACAGACCAGAACUGCAGCCACUUACUGAGGGGCUAGGACCUGCAUUCUCAGUUCUUCCUGUUGCCCAGAGAUUUGUUCUCACCUCAUGCUCCCCACCAGAGGCCCCGUUGUCCAGGCUCUCCGAGGGGCUAGAAGCCUGGUUACUUGUACCUUGUUUGUACCAAAGAGGAGCAUGGGGGUUGGGGUGGGUGCACUGUGGUUGGGUUUGGGCCCGGCACUGGGAACCUGCCAACCAUACUUCUACAAAGGCAUGCUCCAGGGGCAUAUGCUGUGGAAGAUGGCACUGGGUCCUCCCCUAGAGGGGAGACACAGGUUCAGCAGUCUGAGGAGAUGGUACUGGGGUGGGUACAGUCUGGCACAGGCUACAGUGGGAGGUGGGAGUGACCCCUGAAGGCAAAGCCCUGGCACCUCCAGGUCCAGGUCCUGAUUCUUAGAAGAUAAAUUGCUCCUGAUGGGUAACUAGGCUGGGUGAGGGCCUGAAGGCUUCAGAGGUUAAUUUUUGCUUUGGAAGCCCUGUCCCAAACCCAAAGGGAAGACUUUGUAUUGAAUAUGCUCUUUGGAAGCAGGCAUCAGUCUGGAAGAGCGAGGCAUAAGUAAGAGGUUGACAGAGUGGCAGUGGACCCCUUCAGAGCCUGUUUGUUCUAGGGUGCUGCCAAGGAGCCCAGCCUCACCCACAGGGAAGGAGAUAAGACUCCUAACAGGCAGGGGCUGCUGCCCAAAUGUUAAAUGCUUUUGGAAUCUCUUAGAUGUGGAAAUAUUUUUUCGAACAUGAAAAUGCAGCUGGUAGAAUUUCAAUGGAAGUAUAAUCCAUGUAAAAUAUAUUUUAGUUGAUAUUUUGUAAAAUGCACUUUUUGUGUGUGUCGAUCCUGGUUUCCCAGAUCUGUAUUUCAGUGUUUACAAGGGAGGGGGUACCUUUCCUAACCUCCCUUUUGACAGAGAUUAGAAGUACUUCUUUAAGAAAAAUAAAUAAAUUUGAGAAAUUGUA